GUCCGAGUCGGUGACGCCGUAUGGCCAGAUGUGAUGUGUUGUACUGUCCAACUGGGCUGUAAUCCCGAUCACAUACCAAACAAAAAAAGAAAGAAAAAAUGGGUAGCCAGCUGAGAACCUACAGCCGUGCAAGGUUUCACUGCCCCUCCAGGCGACCCGCAGCCACUGCUUGCCGCAUUCUGCUUAAGCUUGACCUGCCCUGUUGAAGUCCGGCACCGACAAUCACCCUGGGGGCACAUGAUUUAUAUCCCAGCCGCCUGCCAGGGACACCGCUUGGUGGUGAAUUCUUCCACCAAAACAACAGGCAACUGCCUCCUCGUAAAUAACGAGACAGCGCCUAGACGGGAACCAUCUACUUUGACCAGCAGCCCCGCAAACCAAAAGACAGAAAUGUCCGACGACGAGGCCGACCCCGAGCUCCUGGAGCUGCUGCGGCAGCACAUCCAGGGGCGGCUCAAUGUGAGCGACGAGCCCGAGACUGGCGUGCUCGAUGACGCCGAGUACGUCUACGACAACUCGAUCGACGUUGCCCUGGACAUGCGGGGCACCAAGAGCGCCGCCGAGGCCAUCUACUCGGUCAUGCAGCACCGGGGCUACUCGACCGCCACCUGGAGCGAGCACGAGCUGCACCCAAAGGACAAGGACGACGCCACCGUCGCUUUCAUCUUCACCAUGGACCUGCUCAACUUCAGCUUCUGGUCCGAACUGCCCGACGGCCAGCGCUUUGCCGUCGAGUACCGCGGCAGGACCUGGACCGGCUACUGGAGCCUCGUCGCGGCCCUGCAGAGGGCGUUGGAUGAAGAUAUUCCAAUCACAAGCUCCGACUUUUGGCAGAGCGAGGACGAGUGCAACAUGGAGUUGAUGAAACACGUUUUCCGCUCCGCUACGGACGAGGAGAUGCCCCUGCUAGAGGAGCGCCUCGCCUGCCUUCGCGAGGCUGGGCAGGUGCUCUACGAAAAGUACUCGUGUAGCCCCGUAAACGUGAUCGCCGCGGCCGGCAACUCGGCGGCGCGGCUAGUGAACAUUCUCGCGCGCGACUUCCCCAGCCUGCGCGACGAGCACCGGUUCGAGGGCCGCAGGAAGCCCGUCCGGUUCCUGAAGCGCGCCCAGAUCCUCGUCGCCGACGUCUGGGCCUGCUUCCAGGGCGAGGGCCACGGCGCCUUCGGGGACGUCGACAAGCUCACCAUAUUCGCCGACUACCGGAUCCCCCAGAUCCUCUGCACCAUGGGCUGCCUCGGCUUCAGCCCGCCCCUCGACAACGCCAUCCGGGCCAAGAAGCUGCUGGACUCGGGGGGAACCUGGGAGCUGCAGUUGAGAG